GAGUUCAUCACCUCGUUAAACUUUUUCUGUUCCAUAAGUUCUUAUUUACAAAAAAUGGAGAACCAAGAACAUGGUUCAUCAGCAGGCAAGUACAAGCCAUUUUUAGCUGCAAUCCUCUUGCAAGUUGGGUAUGCAGGGAUGGAUAUCUUGUCUAAGGCUGCAUUAAACCAGGGUAUGAGCAAUUACGCACUCGUCGUUUACCGACACGCCAUUGCCACCGUUGUCAUGGCUCCUUUUGCGGCUUUACUCGACAAGAAAGUGAGGCCUAAGAUGACAAUAUCAAUCUUCAUCAAAAUAAUGCUGCUAGGCUUACUGGAGCCGGUAAUUGACCAAAACUUGUAUUAUCUAGGGAUGAAAUAUACGACCGCAACGUUUGCAACUGCCAUGUACAAUAUUCUUCCAGCCAUUACUUUCGUUAUGGCUUGGAUUUUAAGGCUUGAGAAGGUGAACUUAAGAUCGAUACGUAGCCAUGGAAAGCUUAUAGGAACACUUGCAACAGUUGCAGGAGCGAUGGUGAUGACACUGAUGAAAGGACCCGUGCUCGAGUUGUUUUGGAUGAAAGGAAGGAUCAACCACGAAGCAGCGGCAAAAAACGGGACGGAUCUCCACGAUUCGAUUAAAGGUGGUAUACUGAUUACAGUUGGUUGCUUCAGCUAUGCUUGUUUUGUCAUACUCCAAGCAAUCACUCUUGAAACGUACCCUGCAGACCUUUCUCUAACAGUUUGGAUAUGCCUGGUGGGCACCCUUGAAGGUACCAUUGCAGCUUUGAUAAUGGAAAAGGGAGAUGCUGCCAUUUGGGCUAUUAAAUGGGACACCAGGUUGCUCACUGCUGCAUACAGUGGUAUUGUAUGUUCAGGAGUUAGUUAUUACGUUCAAGGGAUGAUAAUGAAAGAGAGAGGUCCAGUGUUUGUGACAGCUUUCAGUCCCUUGUGCAUGGUUAUUGUAGCCAUUAUGUCGUCUUUCAUUCUUGCUGAACAAAUGUUUCUCGGAAGGGUGAUUGGAGCCAUAAUUAUAAUCGGGGGUCUAUAUCUGGUGCUGUGGGGUAAAAGCAAGGAUUACAAGUCGCCACCAUCGCCAUUGAUCGAAGCAGCUAAAAUAGAACCGGGUAGGAUGGACAAGAGCAGUUUUGAUGAUGAGGGCAUCACGGUUGAAGAGAAAUUCCAUUCGAUAAUUGUGUAGAAGAAUGGAUAUGAUUUUGAAUAUUAACAUCAUUUCCACUACCCUCACUGGUAGUGGUAUCUGCUUCAAGUGUAACUAUAUAUGCUUUUGUAUAAUAAAAUAUUAUGACUAAGAUCAUGAAUCUGGACUCUAUCCCCAGCGGAUACACCAUCUGUAAUCAUUAAGCUUCAAGGAGCUCCUUUUUUAAAGACA